UCUGGCAGUACAUUCACCAUCAGGAUUAGGACAAGAAAUGAUUGAAAACAAAGCAGACAUCUUAGUUCCACAUCUGAAGGAUUUUCAAACCAAAGUCCAAUCAUUUUGCAAACAUCGUCAGCAGUAUCAACAAAACCUGCCAUUUUCAUGCCUCCAAUGAGCACAUCAUUAAAUAACCUUGCAGGACAUCCUCCUGUUCUGCAGGUUGGGCGACAACAGUUUGUUCUCAAUGUGAUAAGCAGAUGUGAAAAAGAAACACAGACACAAAAACAGUUUGAAGGACAAUCAGAUGAUACAAGAACUUGCUAUAUUGAGAAAGGAGUUCAAGCCAACAUACCAUUAAUGCCAGAGUUUGAAGGAACAGUGCCUGCAAAUCUACCAAAUGGUAAAAAAGUGAAAUAUGCUGAUGCUAAGGAGAAAACCAAAUAUGCAGUAAAAAGGGCUGGGAAGAAAUUGUUUGACCAGUUUCUUCAGCAACUUGAUGAUAUAAGUGGUGGAUGUGCCCAUCAACUCUUGUCUGACAUAUAUAGACCAAAGGACUCUAUCAUGGCAACGAACUACGAGAAGAUUCUGGCCAGCAUCGGCACCCUGUAUAAAAACGUUGAAAGAGGCAACCGGCAAGAGAGGCUGCGCCUGCUCAGCACCGUUGCGUUGCAUGCAACAAACGAGGCUCUGAAGCGUUAUUUUCAAAGAAUGUCGAAGAAGGGUGAUAUUGUGAGUGUGAACGAGGCGGAAAUUGUGCAGGCUAGAGAGUAUGCUAAGCAGUUCGGACCAGGGACUCACGUGAUGCCGGUGGGGCAAGUUUCGUGGAAGAAUCUGGUUACAAGUGGAAUGAUGGAAUCAGCAGAAGAUGAAGAUGCAAACGAAGCGGAUACAGAAAAAGGAGACGAAAAGGACAACGCGGUAAGAGCCUCAAAAGGGGACCAGGUUGACACAAAGAUCAUCAGUGAAGGCGAGAAAUUGAAUGUUGAGGAUGACAAGGGACAGCUUGAUGGAAGUUCCGAGAAUUCAGGUUCCCCAAGUGGAGGGCUAAGUCCUGACACACAGGCUAUGGGGAAAGACAAAGAAAAAAAAUUGAUUACUUUCGAGAAAAUGAAUCCAUCAGAGCAAGGAUCUGCAGAAAAGAAACAAAAACAGUUGGUUACUUUCAAAGUUACUGUGCGGCAUUCAAAGGAUAAAACAGGUGAUGGGACGGAGCAAAAGGGGGUCGUUAACGAUGACACGGCUGAAAAUGAAAUGAAAGCGAAUUCAGGCAACGCAGAUAAAGGUGAAGAAAAAAAUGUCAACACGGAAAAAUUGGCAGGGAGAAGGAAUGGGAAGCCGUGCCACGAUUCUGGCAAAGAGGAUAGUAAAAGCCAAGUGAAGAAACGAAGACGAAAUACUUUUAGUGCUGGAACAACGGAAAAAUCGAAAAGGAAAAGUGAUGUCACGAAGUCAGAUGACAAGGACGGGGAUAUGCGGGAAAAGCGCAGAAGAACCGCUUUUAGUAAUGAAAGGAAAAUGGUGUUAGAGAAAUACUUCGAAAAAAGUAUUUAUGCUUCGAAGCUUAUGGUGGAAGAAAUCUCAAGAGAACUGAGUAUAGACAGGAAAAAAAUUGAUAACUGGUUCAGAAAUCGAAGAAGUAAAUUGAAAAAGGACGAAGAGGAAAGGUCGAGACGAGAUGUCGAAAUGAAGGAAAGAAAAGGAUGGAAUAAGGAAAACAGUAAAAGUAGCUCAGUUGACGCAAAGGAACCGGACAUCCGCAACAUAUCGCAGUCCAGUAAUGGCAAUCCGGAAGAGGGCCAGGGAAAUGGCAGUCCGGAAGUGGACCGAGUUAAUUGCAAUCCGGAAGUGGACCGGGGUAAUGGCAAUCCUGAAGUGGACGAGAAAAAAGAAAAUGCACAGACAAAAGGCAGCGAUGCAGAACCGGUUGUUGCUGGAAAGGAGGACAAUGUUUCCGCUACAAAGAUUGAAGAGGGUGAACAACGGACGUCGGCAAAUAAUGUGGAGGCAGAGGGCAUUGAGCCGUCAACUGAAAAUCCUGUUACUAAACAAAUUGAACAUGUCAGCACUGAUGUCAAGAGGCCGCGUGAUUCUCAAACGCUUCAUCAAACGGCAGCGUGUCAAAAUUCGCAAGAAGCAUAUGAAGUUAAAGAAAAACCAGACCAGGGACAACGCGCCGUUAAUAAAAAAUCCGGUUCAAUUUCCAACGAGUUUUUUUUGUCUCCUGAUCAGAAUGCAACGUGUACAGUUUCUAAAAUAACUUCGGACUCAUCACAUGAUCUAGAAAAAAAUUUAUUAAACAAAGAUAGAUCACAGCUGAAAAAUGACUUACGAACUAAAUCGAAAACAGCCUCGGCAAGUGACAAAAUCAGUGAUUUGUCAAGUGAAAGUAACUGCGCAAUUAUAAAUAAAGAAAAUGAACAGACUUCAGCCAAUGCUACGAGCAAUGACAGAAUGUCGCUAUUGGCUCCUCCAGUCUUAUCAGGUUUGGCUUCACCAGUCGUAUCGGACUUGACUUCACCAGUCGUAUCGGACUUGACUUCACCAGUCGUAUCGGACUUGACUUCACCAGUCAUAUCGGGCUUGACUUCACCAGUCGUAUCGGUAUUGGCUUCACCAGUCGUAUCGGACUUGGCUUCACCAGAUCCUAACGCAAUCGUUUUGGCUCCGUCGGUUAUAUCGCAGUCCCGCAGUGGCGAGACUUUUUUAAGCAAACCAGAAUGUUACCUAGAAAGCCGUGUUGUUCCCGAGACAUCUUGGUCCUCUGUGAUUGACGAGUACGAUGUGGAGGUGAAUGGCGAUGAAUCUGAUGCACCGGAAGAUCUUGCUCUUGCUUUGAACAACGAUCCGGAUUUCAUGAAGGACUUGAAUGAGCUGAUGGACAUCGCCAAGGCCUGAAGCAGAAGUACGAUCAUCGUAUUGAUUAGUCAAUGUUUUUAAGUUACGUCGCUGUUGCUAGGUUUGUAGAUUUUCACGAGGUAUAGAUUUGUACAUUCUAAAAGCGAAUUAUCGAUUAUUCCAGUCAUAACAAGGCCAUCUCCCUUUCUGCUUCUUACCUGGAGUUUGGACGUCCUCCUUCCUCAUUAUUCAUAAAGGCUGUUUCGUUCUUUUUAUAAAUCGUGUAUUUAAUUUUGAUGAAAAUACGCAAUUAAGUUUGAUUUAGUGUCUUAUUCAGAUUAAGUUGUAAAUUUAUUGGCAUUUUUAUUCAGUUUUGCAUAACCUUUAGCAUGUCGGUCUCCAAACCCGAACAACUUAUUCUCCGCGGUGUGCCCAGAGGUGGAAAUAGGCACAAAUUUAGUGGAAUUUUCCAUGUAAUAAAUUUCAUAUCAAAUCUACUUCAAUUUUUUAUAAAGAAGCAAAUUGAAUCUCUAGCCCACACAUAACUUAAUAUGUCUUUGUGAAGUGGUGGUGGAAACUGUUGACAAAUUUAUUUCAUAACAUCUCGACAUAUUUUUAUCAGUUUAUACUAGUCUUUUUAGUUGAAGGUAGUUGCAGGAAAUUUAUGACAAAUCUUCGUGGCUUAAUACGUAAAUUUAAGAGAAAUUUUCAUUUAGAUUUCGGUGAACUUCUGGCAAAUUUUACCAAAAUUUGACCACCGUCUGACUGUUUUCCCGCUACGACGAAAGCCACAUUUGUACGAAGUCCUAUUUAUUAAAAUCACUUAGACAUUAAAAUUUUUCUUACCGUAAUUUCAAGUUUAUUAUUUAUGGAUGUUGUGGAUGUUUCUUCAGUCUUGAACAAUAAUAACAAUUAAGGACUAAAUGUAAAAAACUACUUCUCCUCAUCCAUUCGCCAUGCACCUUCCCCCCAUUCUAAAUCCUAUUUUAACACCCUUUCCCUCACCCAUGACCCCCAUACCUUAUCCAUUUUUACCAAAAUUCUCCCCAACAUGACCAUGAUCCGAUAAAAACGCUUUUCAUCGUUUUUUUCUUUGUAGUCUUGCGUUAUCUGUAGAUUGCGGCCAUUUUUUAUUCAAUCUGAGAAAGAUAAACUUGCCACAAGUUUGAAUUCUUUUCACUUUUUAAUGAAAAAUGUUUAACAGGUA